GUUUCUAAAAGGGAGUGGGUAGGUACAGAUAGUACUGCCCUGAAGCCUUCUAACGCUAACGAAACAGUUAUGAAGAAUUUAUCUCGGGGAUUUGAAUAGACAGACACAUCAUUUUGAACGCAAGAGAUCACCUCGAGACAAUGACAUUGGAUAUUGUCUAUUGUUUUACUCUGCUAAUCAGUUAGCGCUUCUUUCAACAUACACAAUGAGCUAUCACUUGUAAUGGGACUUGAAGAGAGUAAGAUUGGUCAGCCUAAUAAGACUACUUGCAAUGCACCAAAUUUAUGUUUCUUCGCACCUGUUUUGCCGGGCAGGAUUGUUCACCAGUGUACAUUGGAAUUAUGGAGAAAAUCUCAUAGAGAACUUUUUAAUUUUCCGGACAAAGUAAUGGUGUGCACUUAUCAAGUGCCACACGAUUGCACUUCAGCAUUCUGUCUUACCAGACAGAAUAUAGUCAACUUUAGGAAGUCGUGUUCUGUAUUUUCUUUGAGGAAGCGUAGAGAAUAUACAAAAAUGGCAGAACAUUUUGAAUACAAUCACAUACCUGCACAUUUAUCUUCCAUACAGGUAAUCAAAUGGCAUCAUUGGUUUACGUUAAGAACCUGCAUUUUAAGUCUGUGUUAGACAUUCACAGCGGUUUGGCAGUUGUUCACUUGGCUCGAGAUAUGAUCACUCAAUUCGCAUUAGUGGAUUUACGAAUUAAUAAGUUUCUUGGGUCAUUUGGUCGGCAGACAGUUUUAUUCAGUCCUGAAUCAACUAUAGGCAAAAUAUCACCCGAUGGGACAUACUGUCUAGUCAGGCUACCUUGGUCAAGAAAUAGGAGGGUUUAUAUUCUAAAGUUAUAUAACUUACGAAAUAGUGAAUUGAUUUCUGAACUCCCGUUAUCCAAUGCCUCGAAUUAUGAGGAGUCAUCAUCAACUAAUUCCCGUUUACCGCUAGCACCUUAUCAAGAGCAUAACAGACAAUAUUCGAAUAUUCGAACAUCCUGUGAUAAUGUCCACUCACCGUCAUCAUCAUCAUCGUCUGGUUCAAUGAAUCCAGAAUUAAGAGGGACUAGUCAAAAUGAAAACCAACUACAACUUGGUCCAGCUCGUUCAUCUCAGGUGUUAUUUGCUUUUGAUCCAAGAUUUGUCAAUUCACGUAUAGCAAUCACAAAUGUGGAUUUCCCGCACACUGUGAAUUCUCACAAGUCAUCAUCUAAUUGGUUGCCUGGAAUGCAAGCCACUUUAAGUUUGGUAAAACUUCCCACAUGGGAGUGUUUAGCUUCAACGAAUAAACUUUGUUCAUGGUCACCAUUAUCAAAUCGUACUGGACCAUCGUAUGUUGUUAACAACAAUACUUCGUCUUCGACUUCAACGUCGACUAGAGAAACUGGUCGACGAAGACGUUCGUCAGAUGCAAAUCAUCAUGCUGGGAAUUCACCGAAUUCACCGAAUACUUUCAGCAAUACAUUUCCACAUGUUAUGAGUAUAUUCUAUUCAAGAGAUGGUUAUUUCUUAUUCACAAUCACUACAGAAUCUCGUGUCUGUCGAUGUUCUGUCAUAGAUAAUCAUAGCCAUUCGGCGAACUCUUUGUUGUCGUCAGAAACAUCCAGUUACGCGGAUGAUGUAUGUCAUACGCCUAAUACAUCUCGAUUUUCAUCAAAUAGUACUACUACUGCUACUACUACUACUACUACAGAAAGUGGACGUAAUCAACAGAGGGUGUUAAAUUCAACUCAGUCGGUUGGUGAAUCAACUUCACGUUACACGUCAAAGACAAAUAAUGCGUCAUCGCCAAUGUUAGCGCCUACACUUCCUGGUUGUACAACAUUAUGGUUGACAAUAUUUAAUUCGGACACGCUAGAAAGGUUAAGAAUUCUAAGAUUUGAUCGAGCUAUAUGUCCUAUUCAUACAUGUCCUACAAAUUAUUUACCGGUGAUGAGUCGGUGUGGAGCAAGGAUAGCACUGAUUACACGACAAACUGUAGGGUUGUAUAAUAAUAAUAGUUAUAAUAGUAAUCAAAGUAUCAAUGUUAAUUCACGUGAAUGUCUGCUUUCUAGUUGUAAAAAUAUACCUGCAUCUUUGAGACAUUCUGUUCCAUCAAUAAAUGUUGAUGCCUGUUGUGAUUCACAAUGGGUCAGUACUAAAGGCAGUAGUCAAGAAAUGAGUAAAGAAAAUUCUGGCAGACGGAAUGAAUUAAAGAAACAACAAGCAAUCAAUUCACAAGCUUAUAUAUUCAAUCAACCAAGAAAUUUAAAUCUAAGUCAUCAUCUUUCAACUUCUCUACCUUCACCAUUGUCAAAAGUUCAUUUGUCUUCCGGUAGUGGUGGUGGUGGUGGUGGUAAUUCACCAUUCAACAAACAACAAAUCACUGGUUGUUCAACAUCAGAGUUAACGUCUGCUGCUACUCCCACCGCCGCCGGUGUCACCACUUCCUCUUCUCAGCAUCGUCCUAUGACUACAUCAUCUUUUGAUUCAUCAUUCAUUAGUAGUAGUAGUAGUAGUAGUAGUCGUUAUCAUUCUUCUUCUGUAAAUCCUAGUGGUACAACUGUGACUACUCCUACUCCUACUACUACUACUAAUAAUAAUAAUUAUAGUGGAGUUAUUAAUAUCAGCAAUACAAUGACAAAUCCAUCCGUACAAAUUGAUGUACUCCUUGUGUAUCAACUACCUCCACCGCCUAAACUACAAGCGUUAGCUAGACAAAGAAUUCGUCAACUUUGCAAAGAUGAACACCUAGAACACUUAGAUCUCCCGCGUAGAAUUAUCAGCUAUUUACGCUUUGAACCAUCGUAUACAUGUGCUGGAUCAUGUUUCUCAAGAUCAAAUAGUUCUACACGGACAAUAAGAAGUGAUAGUUUUGACCUAUAAUACAGGAUUACUUGGUGUGAGAUGGGUGUGGGGGGUGGGAAUGAAGUAGUCCAUCUUGCUUGCUUGCUUGCUUGGAUGAAUGAAUGAACAGUACUCACUACCAGUGUACUAUUUCUUCUCUUUCUUGUACUAUGCUGCGCGGAAUGUUAUCUGUCCAUCAGUCUCCUUUUAAAACUCUCUCACACACACGCACAUAUACAUACAAACAUACCUACAUACAUACACGUAUUAUCGCAGUCGACAUUCUAGGAUGAUUAUAACUGGGUAGGUAAUUUCGCCUUCCAUCGUUCUUUUCUAUUAUUUUUAUUAUUCUUGUUGUUUGCUGGCAGAAACUACCGUCUUUUUCCCCUUCCAUCGCACCCCAAUGAUAUCCUAAUAAUGACAUCCUUAGGAGGAGAUAUCCUGGAUAUUGCAGGAUAUUACAGAGCUUUUGGUUCCCCUCAAAUUUUUGUACUCAGUUAUUUCGAUUAUCGCUUCUUUUUUCCUUGAGUGUUGUUGUUGUUGCCCUUUCCCUUUCUUUCCCUCUUACUUUCAAACUGUGUUGUGCAAUCACCAGCCCUGCUGAUGCCUGAAUACACUCAACACACUACAUCGCCUGAUUGUUUACGCACAGAAAAAAAAUAUUGUUACUUUUUUGUAUUUUCUCUGUUUUUUAUUUGAGAAUUUUAUAUACAUUUGUAUACAUAUUUCACCUCCAAGCCCCGCUACUCCCGGUCCCUUGUCAUUUGUCUCUUGAUCGAUUGAAUUCUAAGGUAUAAAUCAUGCCAUGAAUACUAUUCAUUCAUUGUACUCAUUACUAAUUGAUGGGGUUAUCAUCAUUCUAUGCUGUGUGUAUUCAUAAAUUGUUCCUUCCCCGUGUGAAGGAUUGCUAUUCCUCUCCUUAGAAUUCUAUUGCUAUUACUAUUAUUCUCAUCAUUCUGUACCCUGUGAUCAAUCGUCUGUGUUUUUGAAAUGUGUACAGCAAAAGAAAAAAUAAUAUUUCCCAGUGUUUGAAAAAAAAACUCAAUAAUUUCAUUUUGUCUUUCGUAUAUAUAUAUAUUUUCGUGAUUUUCUUUUGAAAAUUCGCCCCUUCUUUUUUGUAUGUCGAUGUGUGUGUGUGUUUGUAUGACGACAGCUCUUACUUUUUGUCUGCUCUACACAAUAUAUAUAUAUAUAUAUAUAUAUAUAUAUAUGUAUAGGUUAACUAAUAACAUUUGCUUCUGGUC